UUGUAAAGAAGAGCACAGGUGUGAGAAGGAGGCGCCUUGGUCCUCUUCCUGAUUCUAAGGAAAAGCUCCUGCUCUGGGAUCCCUUAGCCGGACCCCCAAGCGAUGGCUGGUCCCUUCUCCCGUCUGUCUGCACGCCCAGGACUCAGGCUCCUGGCUUUGGCCGGAGCUGGGUCUCUAGCCGCUGGUUUUCUGCUCCGCCCGGAACCUGUACGAGCCGCUAGUGAACGACGGAGGCUGUAUCCCCCGAGCGCUGAGUACCCAGACCUCCGAAAGCACAACAACUGCAUGGCCAGUCACCUGACCCCAGCAGUCUAUGCACGGCUCUGCGACAAGACCACACCCACUGGUUGGACUCUAGAUCAGUGUAUCCAGACUGGCGUGGACAACCCUGGCCACCCCUUCAUCAAGACUGUGGGCAUGGUGGCUGGAGAUGAGGAGACCUAUGAGGUAUUUGCUGACCUUUUUGAUCCAGUGAUCCAAGAACGACACAAUGGAUAUGAUCCCCGGAUAAUGAAGCACACCACUGAUCUGGAUGCUAGUAAGAUCCGUUCUGGCUACUUUGAUGAGAGGUAUGUAUUGUCAUCAAGAGUCAGAACUGGUCGAAGUAUCCGAGGACUCAGUCUGCCUCCAGCCUGCACUCGGGCAGAGCGAAGAGAGGUGGAACGUGUUGUGGUGGAUGCACUGAGUGGCCUGAAGGGUGAUCUGGCUGGACGUUACUACAGGCUUAGUGAGAUGACAGAGGCCGAGCAGCAGCAGCUUAUUGACGACCACUUUCUAUUUGAUAAGCCUGUGUCCCCUUUGCUGACUGCAGCAGGAAUGGCUCGAGACUGGCCAGAUGCCCGUGGAAUCUGGCACAACAAUGAGAAGAGCUUCUUGAUCUGGGUGAAUGAAGAGGAUCAUACCAGGGUCAUCUCCAUGGAGAAGGGUGGCAACAUGAAGAGAGUGUUUGAAAGAUUCUGCCGAGGCCUUAAAGAGGUGGAGCGGCUAAUCCAAGAGCGUGGCUGGGAGUUCAUGUGGAAUGAGCGUUUGGGAUACAUCUUGACCUGUCCAUCUAACCUGGGCACUGGACUUCGGGCAGGAGUGCACAUCAAACUGCCCCUGCUAAGCAAAGAUAGCCGCUUCCCAAAGAUCCUGGAGAAUCUAAGACUACAAAAGCGUGGCACUGGAGGAGUGGACACUGCUGCCACUGGCAGUGUCUUUGACAUCUCUAAUUUGGACCGACUGGGCAAGUCAGAGGUGGAGCUGGUACAACUGGUCAUCGAUGGAGUAAACUAUUUGAUUGACUGUGAACGGCGUCUGGAGAGAGGCCAGGAUAUACGCAUCCCUGCACCUCUCACCCACAGCAAGCAUUAAGUCCCCAUCACCAGCAGAUGACUCAACAGCCCCAGCACUUCUGCCCAUUCUAAUGGUGGCCCUUUCUACUUGUCCUGGACAUGCCCCACUCCACCCCCCUGCCUCCAUCUUAGUAAAGCCUCCUUGCUAUGCU